AUGCGUUUCGAGAAUUGGGAUGUCCUGUUGUUCCCCAGCGACGGGCAUGUACCGCUGAAGGAGUUCAAAAUAGACUGCUCUGUCAUUCCCGACCCUGAAUCCGGACCAGCCUUUCCGUCGAGGUCUUCUGGCCUGCCGACUGUCCAUGGCUUCGUCCCUAGUCUCCACCGCAACACCCCGCUCUCGAUUUCCAUAAUGUCAUGGACAAAGCCUCCUGUCAGCGACAUUACUCGAUCCGCCAGCAAAGCCCCCGAGCUCGUGGCAUUCGCGUUCCGAGUGUACAUCGACGGAGAGCUCAUUGCUGAGGACAUGUGGAAUCAAGACCGGCAGACACCUCUCGUCAUCCGUCAGAGUUUGAAACCAAACAAGUUUGGCAACCAAGAUGCAAUCAGGUUCCCGGCGUUCAACGAGAAGUAUUUGCAAGAACACAGCUGGAACCCCGCCGCAUGGCUUGGCCGCAUCCAAGUGAUUAUCACAGAAGCGUUCCUGCGCGACUCGGCAACUUUUCCCUUGGAGCGAAUCAAGAAUGUCGUUGCGUUUUCUUUUUGUCACGCACCAUUAGAGACUCUUGAAGGUGCUGCCAUUGCCUGGCCGAACCGCCACAUGUGGGAAAAUGUCUCCCUGCCAUACAGUAUGCCCUUGACGGGUUGUACGCCUGACCAUGGUCCAGCUUUCCAGGAAAGGCCGGCAAGGAUUUUAGGAGAUUUUUCGCAGCAUCCUGCGUCUUCAACUCCAGCGUCCUCUACCUUGCGUGACUUCCAAGCAAGAGCUAGCCCAUCAACUCAGGACCGUGCGACAGGCAGUCUUCGUCAGAAUGCUAGAGGGGGAUCUCAUGGUCAAGCGGUCCAUCAUACCUCACCACACACCGGCGAUCCCCCAGGCGCAGUCAGCAUAGUGCACCCAUCACUCGUGCAUCAAAAUACUAGCGUGUCUGGUGACGACCCUGCACUACUCAGUUGGAUGAGUUGGGGUCUCUCGACUGUCCCCAGUCUAGCUCCUAGCCAGCUUUAUCCAAGCGAAUCUUCCACAGGGGACCAAUUUGAGCAGAGUGAAACUUCGUCGACCUCAACUUGCGUUCCAGCGUCUACAACUACCAACUACGUCCCUGUUGUCCACCGUACGGAGUCACAGUUUGCCCCGUACUCGAACAGUAACACGUUAAGCAUAGACUCGGCAACACCGCAUGGAAACUUCCCUCUGUCGGCUCAGAAAUACAAAAUUCCGAUACCCGCGGUUGAGGUCAAGUCUCGUAAACAUUUUCAGGCUCAGCGAAAUCCUGUCGAGUCGCUGACAUCAAAACUUCCCAAAGUAGAAGUGCGCCGGGAGCUCUCGGUAAAAGAGGAGAUGCUGGCACGCCUUAACAGGCAGGAUCUGUCUGAGCCAGUCUUUAAGUUGAUUGAGCCCAUCAGUAGGGCCAGCCGCGCUCCAUCUUUGGGGUCAGAGAGGCAGUCUGCGGCAGAGAAGAGUUACCGACGAUCUGUGUCAUUCGAUCCAGAUGUCAAGAACAUCAGAUUUCGAAGGUCGCAACCUCCGAACAAGCCUAUCCGGUCUAAAUGCAACUUCACGCCCCUUGACAUUGAAGAUGUUGUCAGCAAUACCAAAUAUGACCGUUCCAAUCCCAUACUCUGA